AUGCUGAAAAGCAAUUCAAUACCGAUGCUUCUUGUUGGUCUACAUUCUGUGACUUGUGACUCAAGUUACCCAGAACACCUCGCAAACUCGGUAAGCAAUACCGAUACCACUUUGCGCGCUCGGUUGAGGAAAUCGAGAUUGCUUUCCCCUCCACAACAUCUAUUUACAUAUUUUCUCUUUUCACACGGGGCCUUUUGGAUUGCCUCCUCGGGUUUUGGCCCAAAGGCCAUAACCCUGCGGGCACAAUUUAUUUCCAUAAAUUUACGUCCUCACGUUUUUCGCCGCUACCUGCACUUCCAAACAUUUACCGUCACUCAUAUGCACUUGCCUUAAAAAAUUGCGGACCUUUAGACUGCUUUACUAAAAGUACAGAACUACAUUUUUCUCAGUAUGGACAAGCAGGAAGUCACUUUGCUUGUCUUGUUAGACCUCUCUGCCGCGUUCCACAGUGUAGACCACUCUAUCUUGGCUAAUCUACUCGAAAGCGACUUUGGCAUUAGUGACUGUGCUCUCUCUUGGAUUAAAUCGUUCAUGCACGGGAGGAAGCAACUUGUAACCAUCGAACAGGAACAAUCACGAGGAAGCUGCUUAGGAGCUUCAUUAUUCAUAAUGUACACUUCUAGGUUGUUUCACGUGAUAGAAAAGCACCUGCCGUCGGUGAAAGUCUUCACAGACUACACGCAGCUCUAUCUUUCGUUUCGUCCUACGUCUUCAGUCUCUCAAGAACAAGCCAUUUGAGCUAUGGAGGAAUGCAUUGUUGAUGUCCGUGCCCCAUGGGAUGUGUCAUAACAUGCUGAAGCUUAACGACAGCAAAACGGAACUUCUGAUCAUCGUUUCACGUCAGGAACUCGUCAAAAUAAAUGUUAACUCUGUACAAGUUGGCACUUUCGAGAUUGUAUUAGCCUCGUCUGUUCGCAGUCUCGGGGCGUGGUUUGAUAAGAAUACGUGAGUGCAUGCGCACACUGGGAAGGUCUGUAGUAAGGCCUUCUUCGGACUUAACAAGAUCAGGCAAAUAAGGAAAUUUAUAUUGGAUGAUGCCACCAAAACACUGGUUCAUGCAUUCGUCACGUCUCACGUCGACUAUUGCAACUCCCUGCUUUAUGGACUGUCACAGUACCAACUUAACCGUUUACAGCGUGCCCUUAAUGCCGUAGCGCGCGUCACCUGCCAUCUCUCAAAGUAUUCUCAUAUCACCCCUGCGUUGCUCCAACUCCACUGGCUUCUUGUUGCCUCGCGGAUCAGAUUUAAGAUCGUGCUGUUGGUUUACAAAGCGCUUAAAGGCUCCUCUCCAUCUUACACAACUGAGCUGCGACACAUCAAGCCUCCGAGUCGCCACGCAUUGCGUAACGACGAUCAACACCUCCUCUUGGUCCAACGAACUAAAUGGAAAAGUCUGCCACUAGCAAUUCGUAAUUCAGCAAACGUAGAUUCCUUUUCAAAGUGAAUUUGAAACUUUUUUUAUUUAGGCAAGCAUAUGAACAUUUUUAAUAGUUUUUGAAUUUUUAGUUCUGAUCUAUACAAACAAGCCAGGUUAUUCUACUUUUAUUUAAAUUAUAUGAUAUUUUUAAAGCGCAUUAGAAUAUUGUUAUAACUUAUAGCGCUAUAUAAGUUCAUUAAUUAAGUUAAGUUGAGUUAAGUUAUGUCGGAAGACGACUACGAGUAAGAAAUUUUCGUUCUGAGCACGCGCAAAUUGUUUAAAUGUGCAAAAAAAUUGUCCCUUAGUCUUAGAUUACGAUUACAGUUUUGCUACAAAAAAGCUGUAACCUUAUUAAUUAUUGAUUACCCUCUCAUAUGCCUGUGUCUUGUUGUUUGGCUACAGUACUCAUGUGCCCGUCUCUCAGUGUUUACAUGUGUCUCAGUGUUUUUAAACACUUAUCAUCUUUUAGGUUUGAGUCCUUUUUGCUAUAUCUGGGUUGCACUGUUACUAUCAGCUAAAUUCACGAUUCAUUUACUGCUCACGUGCCUGACAUGCGCUGUUGUUUUGUCCGCAGAAUGCCCUUGUUUUUGUCUGUUACAAAUUUAAAUGCUUCGGCGACGCCAUAAUUUCGAAAGAAAAUUGUCUUUUUAUAUGCAAGAAUUGUGCAGAAUUGUAUUGUGCAGCCAACUUACCGUAAAUCCUCCUAUUAAACCCCCCCUUGAGAGGGGGCUUAUUUAAUUUCGCGAAACGCAUUACCGGACUUGAAUUACGGUUCCCUUCUUCGUGUUUUGGACCAGAGCAAUCACUGUCUAUGGAGAUUUGGAUGAUACAAGGUAUUUGCAACAUUUUUAUUCAAUUGCGGGAACCAAACCCGAACUUCCAGCACGUGAAUAAACCAUUUAAGCAAUAGAGGACGUCUUCCGUGUUUCUCCCAACUUCCCCGAGUGUUUAAAUGAGGCUAUGGAAACACGGAAAAAAGUCCUCUUUGCUUUUAUAAAAUAUUUCUCAAAGAUAAUUCGACAAAUGAAGGAAGCAAAUGAACGAAAAUUCUUGAUUUAAACCGAUUUUCUUGAUACACACUCAUAUUUCCUACCAGCCAAUCAAAACGCGCGUCUGACGGCUUAUAACCAAUCAAAAUUAGUUUGAUGUCACAGCCGUGUUUCCAUACUCUUAUCUUAACACGGCUAUUGACCAAUGAGAGUGCACGUACUAUCCUAAUUAGUUUAUAAACCGGAUCAGUCCACAUGAAGUGUUGCUGUCGUGAUUAAUAGGCAUGCCUGCUAAGUACAUGAAUUUAUUUUUCCAGAAACAAAAAGAUGCAGCUUAAAAUAUACUACCACGCCGAUUUUCGUAAGUUUAUCGUUUUAAACUGGUGUUUUUACAGUUGAAAGAAAGUAUAAGGAUUUGUGUGGGAAAAGGGCGCUUUGCCCUCCACUCACGCUUCAAUGAUGUUCAUACAAAUCCUUGUAUUUUCCCAAGUUUUCAGAUCGCUUUUAAUUUUUUCUUCGCUGAUUGACAGUCUGAAAAUUUCCACCCUUGCACAUUUAUUCUCGCUUAUUUGACCUUUGGUAAGAGUAGGAAUCUUAACUCUGUUUUUGCCGCUUAAUUAUGGAAAAUUCCAGUGGAGGACGAAAGCUUUUCGUUCGUAAAGUAAAGUAUGGAAAUUUCGAGUGUGGGUUAAAUGAUUAUAAGAUCUCUACCUUAGUGGUAUUUCUCUGAAAAUGUGUGUUCUGGCUAAGUCAAACACAGUCUUUCCAUUCCUGGAAUUUAUAAAGCCCGAGUCACGUCACUAAUUGUUGCAAAAGGCCUAUUAAUGCAGUCUAUUAUUUAUUGAUUUGGUUAUGACGGACAAGGUUGGAGGGAAGGGGGCGGGUUUAAAAACUUUCUUCUUCUGAAAAGGAGGGGCUCAUUAUCUAAAUGCGAUGAACUUUCUAACUUUCAUUUAAAGCAAAUCAAAUAUUGGUUGUUCCAUGAGUGGGAAAACCCAAAGUAGUGGGGAAAAUUUGUCAGAGCAGACAAGAAAAGCAAGCUCAACCCGCGGCCGAAUUUGACGUUGUGCGCGCCCCUCCGACACCCCCACCCCAGAUGCUGGGACUCAUGGUUUGGUAUAGGGCAUAUGUUUCAACAACUUGCCAACCCAUCUCCCCUUGUGAUUAUGAUGACAACGAGGGUGACAACAGAAGCGACGAUGAAGGUAGAAUACAAGCAGUUCCUCUUUUGCCGCUUAGUCGAGCUCAAGGAGAAAGAUGA